AUGACGGUCGUUUCAAACAAAGGAAUAAUUCUCAAGGAAACUCCAAAGGGAAUACCUAAAGUUGAUGAGCACUUUGAAUUAGUUCAUCGUACAAUUGACAUUGAAAAUUUGAAACUGGGAGAAAAUGAAGUUGUUUUAAAAAAUAUGUACUUAUCUUUAGAUCCUUAUAUUCGUCCUGUUAUAUUAAGUAAUCCUGCGUCAGUCGGUAAAAUUGUAUUUGGUUAUGGACUUUCUAAAGUUGUAAAAUCAAAUAAUCCUAACUAUAAAGUUGAAGAUCUCGUUUAUGCAUCCACUGCAAAUAUUGGUUGGGAGGAAUAUUCUCAUUUUAAAUCUGAUGCUGCUUUUACUUUGAAACACGUAAAUAAAGAACUAUUAAAAGAUACUCCAUUGAAUCAUCAUAUUAGUCUUUUUAAUGUGGGUGGAUUAACUGCUUAUGCGCCUCUUAUGUCUAUUGGAGAGCCAAAGGAGGGAGAAACAAUUUUUAUUUCGACUGCUGCUGGUUCUAUUGGACAAAUUGUCGGUCAAAUAGCUAAAAUUAAAGGAUUGAGAGUAGUUGGUUCUACUGGAUCUGAUGAGAAAGUCGACUUUCUUUUAAAUGAAUUAAAAUUUGAUGCUGCUUUUAAUUACAAGAAGAUUGGCAUUGAUAAGGGAUUAUCUAAACAUUGUCCAAAUGGUAUUGAUAUUUUCUAUGACAACGUUGGUGGAGAAACUCUUGAUAUAACAAUUGAUCAUUGUAGUAGAUUUGCUCGCAUUAUUAUGUGUGGUAUGACAUCACAAUAUAACAUAACAAAUCCUGAAGAAAAAUAUAAAUUUAAAAAUAUAGAUAAGGUUUUUCUUAAACAAAUUCGUAUGCAAGGAUUUAGCGCACCACAAUAUAAAGGAACGGAUUUCGAAAAAGCGUGCAGAAGAGAUCUUGCUGAAUGGGUUAGAGCUGGUAAACUUAUUUAUAAAGAGGACGUUUCUGUAGGGAUUGAAAAUGUUGCAAAGGGUUUUGUUGAUAUGUUGAAUGGUAAAAAUAUCGGUAAAGCUGUUGCGAAAUUAUCUGAUUAA